AUGGGAGUAACAAUCAUUCAGAUUCUCUCCCUAUUUCUGGCCUUCCUGGGACUAGUCCUUACCUCUGUUUCUGUGACAUCCGGUGAGUGGAGGAUCUCCAGCACAUCUACCACACUAAUUACGGCCUCCUGGAUCAAUGAUCGACUCUGGAAGACAUGCACUGCCAAUGCUAUGGGCAUAGUACAGUGUACCUACUACAAUCCUAUGCUUUACUUACACUCAUAUAUCCAAGCAUGUCGUGCUCUGAUGAUCAUCGCCAUCAUUCUGGGAGUUAUUGCUUCACUGAUAUCUCUAUUUGGCCUGAAAUGCACCAAUAUUGGAAGCAUGGAUGAGAAAGCAAAAGGAAAGAUUUCCCUUUCUGGUGGACUUCUCUUCAUUCUAUCAGGUAUAUGUGGGAUAGUUCCUGUUUCUUGGUAUGCCUACAACAUCACAAUGGAUUUCUACAAUCCUGUCUAUGGUGGAACAAAAUAUGAGCUGGGGUCUGCCCUGUACAUUGGAUGGGCUGGGUCAGCUCUCCUCAUCUUGGGAGGUGCGUUCUUGUGUUGUUCCUGUAAAAGAAAUGCACAACAAAGUGGCUACAAGUAUUCUUCUGCCCAAAGUGGGCAACGAAUCUACACAAAGGCAGAAUCAAGUCAGUCAAAAGCUUACGUCUAA